AUGCCAAUUCGUAAAGAAACUACACGUCAUCAUCUUAGAGAUAUAAUACACAAGGAAAGGAUUCAAAAAGCAAAAGAACGUAGAAUCAAACGGAAACAACGAAAAGAAAGUGGUGCACCGGCAGGAAUUCCUCAAACUCUUGAAUCACUUAGAACAGUUGAUGAAACAAUCGUUCCUAAAGAUGAUGAAGAAGUUGUCAUUGAACAUGAAACAGAUGAGUUUUCAUCUAUUUUUAGUGGAGAAAUUACUCCUAAAAUUUUGUUGACUCAUUCUGAUCGUGUUUGUCCUAGGACAAUCGGAUUUUGUAAAGAACUAAGUAUGGUCAUUCCAAAUGUUCAUCUUGUUGCACGUUGGCAUUUACCUCUUAAAAAAAUUAUCCCUAUGGCUAUUGAACGUCAAUUCACUUGUUUAAUAAUUGUUAAUGAAGAUCAGAAAAAAAAUUAA